AAUGACGUUAGCAUGAAUCCGCCUAUAGUUUAAGGUUGCAAUGCUUUAAAUAACAUUGAAUUUUUUUUCUUUUGUGAAGGACAUCUAUGAAGGUCUACCCUGUACUUAACUAAGCUAAGAAAACAAAUUUCACUUACUGUGUAAGACAGUUUGCAUGUAAUGUUGUCAAACUUGAAAUGUUAUCUUCAGCAAGUGCUGAAUGGGUUCAUGGGCCUUGGGAAAGAUGCAUGGAAGGAGACUAGGGACACAUUACAACGUAUUUUGUGCAGCAGUGAGGGAGUUCUCAGAGAUGACUCAAAGCGGCAAUCAAGGUGCCUUUUGAAGCAAGAGAGUGUUACCAUGCAUCUUCCAGCAAAUAUUGGUGACUACACUGACUUUUAUUCCUCUAAAAAUCAUGCGACAAAUGUUGGUACGAUGUUUAGAGGGAAGGAUAAUGCUCUGAUGCCAAACUGGGUUCAUCUGCCUGUUGGAUAUCAUGGCAGAGCAUCUUCAGUUGUAGUAUCAGGUACUCCUGUGAGACGUCCGGUUGGUCAGACUAGGCCAGAUGAUACUAAACCUCCUAUUUUUGGUCCAUGUAAAUUACUUGACUUUGAGCUGGAAAUGGCAUUCUUUUGUGGACCUGGGAACAAUCUUGGUGAACCUAUUACUAUGGAUAAGGCUGAAGACCACAUAUUUGGAAUGGUUGUGAUGAAUGACUGGAGUGCUCGGGACAUACAGAAGUGGGAAUAUGUACCGUUGGGCCCAUUUUUAGCCAAGAAUUUUGCAACAAGCAUCUCACCCUGGGUGGUGACAAUGGAUGCUCUUCAAGACUUUGCUUUGGCCAAUUCAGUUCAGGUAGUUGACUCAGACCCAGUACUUGCGAUUUCCUUGGAAAAAGAAGCGGCCAUGAUGAAAUAAUGAGGGCUACAAUGCGGUUUGAACCCUAAGAGGGCAGAUUCUAAGUGCCAGUUAUUUACACGAGGCAUAACCCAAACCGUGGUUUUACGCAAGUAAUGGACCUUAGGUUUCAAAGUUCUCUGUAAGAAGGUUGAUGUAAUUAGAUAUAUGUCCUUCCUCUGUCAACUUUCGACCCUCUUGACCGUGACA